AUGGCGCUGUUAUUCCAACGACAACAUGUCCGGCAGCAUACAGGUGAGAAGCCUUAUCCUUGUAAGGAGUGCACAAUGGCAUUCACAAAUGCCGCUAGAUUGAAUGAACAUAUGUUGAAGCAUACGGGGAUCAGGAAUUAUUCUUGUCAGAUUUGUGAUAAACGGUUUUUGAAGCCCCAACAUUUGAGGGUGCAUAUGGUUACGCACACGGGGGAGUGUAGACAUAAGUGUAAAAUUUGUGAGAAGGCUUUUAAGUAUCAACAGAUGCUGAAGAAUCAUAUGAAAGUGCAUAGUGAAGAACCUAUCAUUAAUAAUUUUACAUCCACAAUGUCCGACCAAGUGAAUGCAAUUCCAAAUGAUGUGGAACCAAUACUUUCACCUUUAGAAAGUGCAACAAAUUCUUAUACCAACGACGAUAAUUCUUCUAAAGAUGCUUCAGGUGACGAGGACAAAUCUGUCGACUUAUUAAUAAAAUGUGAAGUAACGAUAGAUGAAGAAUCCGAACAGUUAGUGCUACCCACAAAAGGCCCUAAACGAUCCUUUGCAUGUGAAACAUGUGGUAAAGCCUUCACAUCAUAUUGUAAAGUCGAAAGACACCAAGUGGUGCACACGGGUAUCAAGCCUUUCAAAUGCAACAGCUGCGAGAAGUCUUUCUCGCAACACAGUAGUUUACUCAUCCACUUUAGGACUCAUUCAGGUGAAAAGCCUUAUGUGUGUGAGGUGUGUACUAAAGCCUUUGUUCGCUCAGGGGAUUUGAAGUGUCACUUGCGUAUUCACACGGGGGCUAAGCCUUUUCCGUGCUUGUACUGUGAGAAAGCGUUUGCGAGACAGAGUACUCUGGCUUUGCAUCACAGGACUCAUACGGGGGAAAAGUCUUAUAUAUGUACAAUAUGUGAUAAAGGCUUUUCGAUGGCUAGUAAUUUGUCAAAGCAUAUGUUAAUACACACGGAGGAACGCCCGUUUACAUGUGAAAUAUGUAAUAAGGCUUUUAAACGAUCCGGCUACCUUACGAAACAUUAUAUUACACAUAAUAAAAAGAAACCAGAGAUGGUAAUAGAUAAUGGAAUUGGACAUUUAGAGAGCUCGGAGAUGGUAAUAGAUAAUGGAAUUGGACAUUUAGAGAGCCCGGAGAUGGUAAUAGAUAACGGAAUUGGACCUUUAGAGAGCCCGGAGAUGGUAAUAGAUAAUAAAAUUGGACUUUUAGAGAGCCCUAGUAUAAAUAGUUGUAAUUGAAAAAUGUGAUAAAAUUAUGGAAA